AUGUCGCCACAGACAAACGGUAGUUACUCACGUGCCUCCUCCACAGAUUCGAGCAGGCACUCCACCCUCCGCGGCAGCGUGGCGCAAGGCUCUCCUCAUGGAGCUGGAACUUUUCCCGCUCAAGUGGAGUGCACGGCCGACGAAGAGGUGUGGGCCCCGGACGGCGACAUGUACGUCCUCAGCCAGAACCAGGGAGUCCGCGUCCUGUUCCGCAUCGACAGGCACCUCCUCGCCUCCCGCUCGCCUACCCUCGCCAAGUCCAUCGCCGCCGAAGUCCAGGAUGGGGUCGAACUCGAAGACGCGACCGAAGUUGCGUGCUCGUUCGACCCGCUCCCCGUGUGGGCCGUCGACGAGCACGCGACGGACCUCCGCUUCUUCCUGCACGCGAUGCUCCAACCUCCGCCCCACGUGCUGAACGCCGCGCACCGCGGCUCCUGCAUCCCCUUCGAAGAAGCCGUCGCCGUCGCCCGGCUCGCCCACCGCUUCGACGUGCGCCCCGCCCUCGACGCCGCGCUGCGGCACCUCACCGCGUUCUACACGACCGCCUUCGGGGCCUACCACGACUUUUCGCACAGCGCCGCCCUCGACGUCCCCGGCGACGAGUGCGCCGUCGCCGCAAUCCAGAUCGCGCGCCUCACCGACACCCCGUCCGUCCUCCCGCUCGCGUUCUACGCCUGCGCCCUGGUCGGGUGUCCCGAGGGCGCCGGCCCGCGCGCCUCGGUCGAGUGGCGCCGCGCGGACGGCCGAGUCGAGCGGCUCUCGGUGGAGGACGAGCGGGUGUACGCCGCGGGCGCGCGUGCGCUGCGAGAGGCGGCGGCGGCGCUGCACGCGGAAGUGUACGGGGGCAACGGGUGCUGCCAGGAGCCGGCGUGCGAGCUCACGGGCCGGAUGCUCUUCUCGCUGACGAAGGAGUACGACGUCUAUCUGAUGACGCGCCGCCAGAAUCUGCCAGUGACUGCCCUCUGCAGAGAGUGCGCGGUAAAUGUGCGGGCGCAGACGGAGAGGGUGCGUGUCACGCUCUGGAACAGGAUUCCAGGGAUGUUUGGGCUUCCUGAGCCAUGUGAUGGAGGGUUAUCGAGUUGUGAGUCGUGUACUAUGUAA